AUGCUGUCUCCCAGGCACGCCUCUGCGGCGUUACGCGCCCCUGCCGUCCGGCUCGCCGUUCUGACGCCGCCGUUUCCGUCGUCCUCCUCGAUUUCAUCUUCCUCCGCCAGAUUUGCUUCCGUCACAUGCUCAAUACGAGGGCACCGGCACCGACACCCUCCACGGCCGCUAGUUUUGCUCUCUCGCCAGUACUGCUCCUCACACGGCUCGCCACAGACACCGCAGGCCGAGAAGGACCGCGUCCCGCCCGACCAUCGCGACCUCGGCGUCCAGCAGGAGCUCUUCACCACGUCCGUCUACAGCCCCGGCUCGCCCAUCUUUUUGCCCAAUGGCGCACGCAUUUUCAACCGCCUCGUCGAUUUUCUGCGGAAGCAGUAUGUGCGCUACGGCUUCCAAGAGGUCAUCACGCCGACCAUCUACAAGAAGGCCUUGUGGGCCAAAUCGGGCCAUCUCGACAACUACGCGGACGACAUGUUUACCGUGACGAGUGCGUCCCUGAAGACGGGCGAGAAGAGGGUCGACGCAGGUGCGGCGUCCCCCGAAAGCGAAAGCGUCGAGGACGAGUACGGGCUCAAGCCGAUGAACUGUCCCGGCCACUGCCUCAUCUUUGCCGCCCAGCGGCACAGCUACCGCGACCUGCCCAUUCGCUACGCCGACUUUAGCCCGCUGCACCGCGACGAGAUCUCGGGGGCCCUGAGCGGCCUGACCCGCGUGCGCCGCUUCCACCAGGACGACGGCCAUGUAUUCUGCCGCCCCUCGCAGGUCGAGGACGAGAUCCGCGCCACGCUCGACUUUGUGCGGUUCACCUACGACGUCCUGGGCCUCGGCCCCUACCGCCUGGUGCUGUCGACGCGGCCUACCGACGGGCACUUGAUUGGGUCGGAGGCCGACUGGGACGCCGCCGAAGCGGCGCUGCGGCGCGCGCUCGACCACAGCGGUCAGGCGUGGACGCUGAACCCGGGCGACGGCGCCUUUUACGGGCCCAAGAUUGACAUUGUUCUGCAGGACUCGGACGGCAAAGAGCACCAGACGGCGACGGUGCAGCUGGACUUUCAGCUGCCGCGGCGCUUUGCGCUGUCGUACCAGGCGCCGUCGCCCGAGCUGGAAAUGGCGGGCCGAGCGGGCGAUGCUGCAGUGACGGGAGCAGAGGGAGCAGAGAGAGCGGAGGGAGCAGAGGAAGCCGGCCCUGUGACACCUGUGCUGAUCCACCGCGCGGUCCUGGGCUCCGUGGAGCGGCUGAUGGCACUGCUGAUUGAGCACUACAAUGGCCGGUGGCCGUUUUGGCUGAACCCUCGCCAGGCGAUCGUGCUGACGGUCAACGACAGCGACGCCGUCGUCGGCUUCGCCAAGGAGGUGCAGGCCGUCCUGGCCGGCACGUCGGUGGCUGCAUCCGAUCCACCGGCCAUCGUAUCGAGCCCCACGCUCCUGGCGGCCGUCGAUGUCGAUACGAGUGCGCGCACGCUGCCUUUGAAAGUGCGCGAGGCCAAGUCCAAGGGCUAUGGCGCGAUCGUGGUCGUCGGGCCCAAGGACGUUGCCAAGGGCACCGUUGCCGUCGAUCUGUCGGGCAUCCCCGUCAAGGAUGGGAAUGCCGAGGAGGGGGCAGCCCCAUCCAAGGAAAAGAAGCGGAGCAUCGAGAUGACGCCCGAGGCGCUGCUGCGACUGCUCCAGGAAAAGGUAGCCGCCUACCAGUAG